GAAGUAGUUUUCUCUCUUUUAGUUAGCAUGUAUCGUUAGCAACGUAUCUGUACUUAGCGUGCUCUAAGUGACAUUGUCGCUAAAUAAAACAACAUUUACCUGCUAACGAGUGUGUUCUACAAACCGCCUUUCUCUAAUCCUUUACAAGAGGAACUAUUCAAACAUAUUUGAGUUGUUGCUUCGAUCGUAGCUAGAUUUCACGUUGCUAAUGGCUUCUGUGGAUACCAUUAGCUUAUAGGGAGUUCUUUUUAUCAGAAUAAUAAGUCAAAAAAUCAACAAUGAUUUUGGCCAAAGCUUGUCAUAUAUUAGCUAUUUGUUAUCGCACCGGACCAACACUGAAUAUGUAACAGAUUGAUCCCUGUAGUAAAACAACAGUAACACCAAGUUAAUUCAUGUAUAUUUGACAGCCAUGGAGUUUCUCCCAGUACUUGAUCCUCUUGAUAAACCCAAAGAAGGAAUUUGGUAUUCUUUGAUACCCAGGGGCAGUGCUCCAGGUGUUAGUGUGGGUCACACUUGCACGUUUGUCCCAUCUGCAGAUGGAGGAAAAGGAAGAAUCUUUAUUGUAGGGGGAGCCAACCCCAACGGAAGUUUCUCACAUUCGCAUAUCAUAAAUCUAGAUAAUCAUGAAUGGGACAUCCCGGAGUGGGAGGGUUUGGAGACACGUUAUGAACACUGCAGCUUUGUGCCAGAGAGCUGCCCUCAGAGCUUGUGGGUGUUUGGAGGGGCACAGCAAAGCGGCAAUCGCAAUUGUGUCCAGAGCAUACAGCUAGCAGAGAGUGAGUCUCGCUGGAAGAAUGUAGAGGUUAAUGGCAAACCCCCCGGUCCCAGGACAUAUCACACUAACUCAGCCUGCCUAGGGGACCGACUAUAUGUCUGUUCUGGCGGAGAAGCAGGAGCUGCACCUGUCUCAGACCCCAAACUCCAUGUCUUUGAUGCAGAGUCUUCCACCUGGUCCCAACCAGAAACACAAGGCAAAAACCUGCCGGCCAGACAUGGACACAUUGUUGCAGCAGUUGGAUUAAGGAUUUACAUUCAUGGUGGCAUGGCUGGAGACAAAUUUCACAAUGACAUGUACUCUCUUGACACAAGGAGCAUGACGUGGGAGAAAGUGCAAACCAAAGGAGACAUCCCACCAGGAGUAGCAGCCCACUCUACUGUCGUUCUGGGCAAAAACAUCUACAUUUUUGGGGGGAUGACUGCAGAUGGCGCCAGCAACUCCAUGUACAGAUUCAACACUGAAAAAUGUAGAUGGGUCUUCAUGAAGUUUGAAGGGGACAUGCCCCCCAACCGCCUGGACCACUCCAUGUGUGUAUUGCCCUGGAAGGUGUGUGGUGAGGGGGAUGGAGAUGGGGAGGAGGCCAACAGCCCCGCAGCCUCAGAGACAAUAAACCUGGCCUUUGUAUUUGGAGGAAUGGACACCCAGGGUGUCAUUCAUAAUGACUGUGUUGUGACUGUAGUGACAUGAUGUUGUAAUAUUUAUUUACCAAAGUUGGAAUAAAAUGUUUGUAAAGAACCA